AUGACUAGCGGACUGACGGGCAACUACGUGCACUCCUGUCUUCCCACUGUCCGGCCGGUUCACGCCGCUGCACUAACGGCCCUUUUCAUUCUGCCGAGCCUGGUGAUUUGCAGGCGGUCUAAGGGAGAACUGCAGGCAGCGGAUUCGGGUUUCACACUCGUGCGAGCCAUCGUCGCCGCGGCCUGGGCCUCCUUCCUGUUCGGCUGGCACGUCCACGAGAAGGCUGUGCUGACGGUGACCUUGCCACUCACGUUCCUGGCCGUGGCAUCGCGGAGGCUUCGCUCGUUGGCCUUCUACGUCACCACGGUUGCUCACUUCAGUCUACUUCCGCUCAUCUACACGCCUAAUGAACAACCAGCUGUCCUGUCAACCUACCUACUCUACACUCUGAGCCACUACCUGCUCUUGGGGCGAUCGUCAACCCCAGUGAGCAGCGGUCGCCUUCACUCGCUUUGGCCAAUCAUAUCCGUGCUGGCUCAGGUGCACCUCAUUGGUCUGUUUCCUCUUCUGCUCGCCAACCGACUGCUUCUGCCCUACGUGUUUCCUCGGCUGGAAUUUCUUCCUCUGAUGCUCGUCUCCGUUUACUGCGCUGUUGGCCUCCUUACGGCCUUCUUCGUCUACGUGUGGAUCAAUUUGUCGUGGCUUUUGGAAGAACGACUAGCCGACAAGGAGGCGGAAGCCGAGAACGAGUACUACCAAGUGAAGGCGGCUUUCUUCAAGAAAAACGACUAG